CAGGAUUUCAUUUGGCUACAAGCAGCAAUUAAUGCUGUGGAAAUGACUCACUAUUUCGUCAGCCAUCUGCCAUUGGGAGUAAUAGUUGUAUUCUUAUGUGUUUUACAACAGGAAUCAGGUUAGUAUUUUAUUUCCUAGAUGUAGUUUUACGAGUGAAAAUAAACAUCGCUUUAUUGCAAAUACACCAAUAAGUUUUGUAAUAAGUUCCAGCUGUAGUGAUCAUGGCUUAAUAACAAACUGAUUUAAGUGUACUGCUUUCUUUCAGUCGUAACGGACUUCCAUAUUUUCUUAGAUUAAAUUUUUCAGAAUGAAGGGUUAUGGCCGCGAUAUAACAAAUAACUCAGAUAAAACCCAUUCAUGUCAAUAUACUACUAAUUUCCGGAGAUUCCCACAUUACAUUUUUAGCUUUGUACCUUUAAUUGUCGUGAAAUUACAUCAUAAUGUAUUCUCAAAGUAAUAUACAGUAAAUAUUUUUUGGACUUCAGUCCCUUCUGUAAUUGCUGUACACUUUUUCUGAAUGUGAAUCCGAAAAAUAUGAUGAAUUAUAAGGCUAGAAACUUUCGUGAAAUAAGCAAAUUUCGUUUAGUUAAUAAAAAUAUGACAUUAUUUUAACAUAAACUCCAGGGUUCGACAAAUUACAGUUGUUAAGACCUAUGGUACUAGAACUACUAGAAAAAGAAAGAGGUAUUGACGGAAUUGCAGUUAACUGAGGACUUCUCAGAACUUUACUUUGGAAUUCAUAUCCUGUUAGAACCUUAGCACACUCUAGUUAAGACACUAUUUUAAAUUAUUCUUAUGUAAUCAGUGGAUAAUCAUAGUUCAUGUAUAUUACUGUUGGUUUUCUGCAUUAUUUUAAUUUACUUAAAUGGUGUUUUAUGAGAUGUAUGUUUUUCUCAGAAAAGCUGAUGUUAAAUUGAGAUAAGUACCUUCAUCAGUAAUUUUCGUUUUUUUUGUGAAUAACAAACGAUUGUUCGUCACUGUUGAAAAGAUAGGCGAUAAACUGGUUCCUGUGAAAGGUUACGACUUCCAUCACGUGCGAUUUCAAGUGAUUUACUAGCUGAAGAUUUGUAUAAGUGACUUUCUGAAGACUGCAUCUUUCGUAUCUCCACACAAUAUACCCUAUUUAAUGAAAAGUUCUUGAUAUCAGGUUGAAGUCGGUUCAAACGUACUGCGCAAAAAUCCGUAUAUGUGAGUGAUUUAAAUUAAAUGUAAAGAGGACUAGUAGACCGUUUUUGUGUGUGAAUCUUAAAAUCCGAAAUGCAAACUUUAGAGUACUUCUAUGUAAUGGUUUUAGUUAGUUCUUUUUGGGACAGAAUCACUUCAGAUUCGUAAUCAUUUACAAUUACAUUACCAGACAUUUUACCAAUAAGAGUAAAUUUUAUAAUUCAGUGUUUCAAUCUUGAUCUAUUCCCGUAUACUUGUUCUUCAAAAGGUAAGUUUCGGUUUAGAAGUGAGUAACCUAGUAACAACUGAUUAUCACGGUCUUUUCCCAGACCCCAUCUAAUCUUAGGUGAUUGAAUUACCGUCACCUUUUAGGUGGUUAGGUGUCACUAUUGUCGAUAUGGUCACAUCCUCCAUACAACCAGGUGUUUUCAUCUAGGUGGAAUGGAUAAUAAUGCUGGGGAAUUUAUUCGAUGAUAAGUUUGAGGAAAAGAACUUUUCGAAGAUUGAGUGUCAUCAAUUUUAAACUCCCAUACUUCUAGAUUAACCUAUUAUUGUUUUACUCAUUUACAUAAAAGUGUAUUAUUACAGGAUAAACUCUGUUUUGAGGUCUCAUACAACCUAUUGGUUUACAGUUUAGAUGAAAGUCAGUUGAAAAUUUCCUGCUAGACUUAACAUUUGUCACUAAUUACAUGCAAUAUUAUUACAGUACAAUUACUUAGUUUCAAGUUAUUGACUUAUGGUAAUUUGUGAUAUGACAUAAAACGUUCAAGGUAAUAGAUGUUUCCUUUUUCAGUCUAUGGUAUCCAGUGCGUGGUCUGCAAUUCCUAUCUUGAUGGCCAGUUAUGUGAACCUUGGGAUCAGUUUACAUUCAUAACAAACUGUUCAAAGUAUCCCGGAAUUGAUGCGUCCAAACCAAUAAGCUGUCGUAAAAUCGAUCAAGUUGUGGAACAUGAAAGACGUGUAGUACGUCAAUGCAGUAAUGUUAUCGAUAAUCUGGGUUGUAUUGAUCGUGUUGGAACCAAUGAUGUACGGAUUCGUUAUUGUCAUUGCACAGAAGAUCUAUGCAAUUCAAUAACUGCAGUUAAACCACAAUCAUUCUAUUAUUUAUUCUCAUUAUCUGCCUUAACUUUUAGCUUCAUUAGAUUAUUAAUAUACACAUGAAACUCUUGAAUCCUAUAGUAUUUUUUAAAAUAAUAAUAAUUAUUAUUACUAUAAUUUAUGAGUAGUUUUUCAAGUGCACAUAUACACAAAGAAAACGUUAUUAGAUUAAAAAAAAAACAUGAUAAUACCAAAGUUAGUCUCUUUUUUACUAUCAUUUGUGUUUUACCACCUCUUUUAUGUUCUUUUUUUCCUUUUCUAUCACAAUACCUUCAGAUUUGUAAACAUUACCAUAAAAAGCGUAGAUAGUAAAAUAAAUUAAGACAUUUUAUGCAAGGAAUUGUUCUUCCUUUGAAUUUACAUUCAAUUUUCAUUCGUUCUUCUUAUCAUAUAGAAAAUUAUUAUUUAUUUCGUAAGAUAAUUAAGUCAAUGGGAUGAUCAUUCUUUUUGAACCCAUCUGUGAUUAUUUUAAUCUUAGUAUACUUUGAUUUAAAAGUAGCUGAUAAUAUAAUUCAGCAGUUUUGUUUUCUAAAUGGUCAGUCUUUGUUAUUAGCCUAUUGUCAUCUCUUAUGUCUAUCGUUAAUAUCAUUUUAUGUAGAAAGUGAGAAAAAGACUGAAUUUCGCUGUUACUAGUGUGUGUUUUGUCAUAAAUUAUUUGAUUGCUUUUUUUUCUUUUACAUUCUUCUAUGUAUCUAGAAAACUGUAAUCGUUUCACCAAUUUCUUAUUAUUUUCAUGUUUUAAUUAGAAAACAGUUAUAUUUCAUUUUAAUUGUAUUAUGUGAAUUAUAUGAAUUUUAGAUAAUAAAUAAAAAUAUUGUUUUUAAAAUGAA